GGAGGGAGGUGGGCUGCGGCCUCCCCUGCCCCUACGGUCGUCUCCUGCAGCUCCCGCCAUGCUGGACUCAUCAGCAGCAGAGCAAGUGACCCGACUGACGCUGAAGCUCUUGGGACAGAAGCUGGAGCAAGAACGGCAGAACAUGGAAGGGGGACCUGAGGGCCUCCACCUCAAGCCAGGAAAUGAGGACCAGCCGGACGACGCCCUGCAGACUGCUCUGAAGAGAAGGAGAGACCUUCUGCAGAGACUCCGGACGGAGGCCACCCUUGUGCGCACACCCCUCGAAGGGUCUUCCAGCCAUAGCCAUCCUGCCCAGAGAGGGGCCUGUACCUGGCCCAGGCUGGCCUGA